GAAGAAAGAGGACAGUUGUUUUCCGCCACCGUUUUCACGUGGUUUUUCUGCAUCCUUAGAGCUACUUCAGAUACAGAAACGUCUAUACAGCCAAAAAAUGACGCAGUUGGACGAUGUCGUGUAAGUAUAAAGCUUUAAACCCCGUUUAGAUGUAUUAAUUGAUAUAUUUGUGUCUGAGUGUGUGUUUGACUGUCUGUAGCUAACUUUGAAACACGUUUACCUGUGUCCUGUGAGCCACUAGGAGGGUUGGUGUCUCAUGUCAGAAUGAUAUUAAAGAGGCUGUUUAGGUGGAGAGAUGUCUGAGUCUAAAGACACAUCUUUAACCUGUUCACUUAAAAAGAAAAUGUGAAUUUAAAUUCAGAUACUCAGACCAAGUUACUGAUCACAGUCUUGUUAUUUUGACAUAAUACUGAUAUGUGAACUGCUGACUUUAGGCACACAUCACUGUCAUCUUAUCUAAAUCACAAGUUUCCUGUCCUCAUUGACCAACAAUCAAGUUGUAAAGUUACUAUUUAGUGUGUUUUAGACAAAACAUGUUAUCGAUUAUAGUUUAUUAUUACCACUGACAUGAAUGUUAGUCUGGCUCUAAAGUCUACAUCAUUGCUCAGUGAAUGUCAUUGAUUCCCUCUAAAACAUGUCUUAACAAUCUAUUUGUGUUAGAUUUUUGAAUAAUUUAAAUAAUAGAGUUGUACAUUUCUCAGGAAACCAAAGACAAAACGCUCAAAGCGAUUCUUGGAGGGCAGAGCUCCUAAACUGGUGGAAGAAGUGAAGACAGCCAUGAUCAUGAAGGGAGGAAACACAAGUCAGACUGUCACCCAGGCCCUCAAGGACAUUGUGAGUAUCAGACAUCUGAGGUCUCCCUCAGAAUAACUAUACAGCUAAAUGUGGAGGUGUGACGGUAGGUAUGAAAACAUCUUGAUCUAGUUCAUGUCUCAAGUUUAAAGUCCUGUACGGCAUUGUCAGGGAAACAUUGAUCUAGUAAGACAAUUUGUUCUUUGACUGUUUGUCCCAAAGAAUCCAAGUUCAUGCUAAUGUUGGCAGCUGCUUUAAUAAUGUUUUAACUCCGGAUUUCAACAAGGUGAAAAGUUAUUCGACUUAGGGCCCCAUUCACUAAGACUCUGAGAUAAGAUAAGAAAAGAUAAGAUAAGACUUUUCCCACUUGAUUUAACCUUUUAACACGACAUCUUUCUGUCUCUGUUCCUGCAGUACUCCCUGAAGAAGCCCCAUGCUGUCCUCUACAAGAAGUAAGAGCUUCAUUUUCACUUAACAUGUUUACAUGCACUUAAAAAUGAACUUACUGCAAUAGUCAGAUUGAAACUGGACUUUUAAAAUGCAUAUUAACACAUUGGUCUGACUGAAAUUGCGCUGAAUCCAAACUUGUCAUAGUUUGACUAACUUACUUAGAUAAUGCUGUUGGGGAUAGAUUUUUGUCAUGUAUAUGGCUCACUCUGUUUUGUGCAUACCCCAGUGUUGGCACGGCAGGUUCUUAGCCAGUUGUUGACUAGCACUGAUGUGUUGCUAAGAAGCCAGUUAGUUGACAAAACCUUGACAGAAAGGAUUUAAAAAGAAAAAAACUUCCCUUCUUGCUUAUGCAUUUUGCCGGCUGUUUUGAGAUGUAAUACAUCAAACAGGAAACAACCAGCUGAACAAGCUAAAAGGGGGCAUGUCGCCACCCACUGUAGCAGAGGUGAAUGUUUCAUUUUUACUGUACUCAGUCAAAGCACUCAUAAAUUUCACUGAGCACACUAUAAAAGAGUACGGGGUUGAAUUGAGUUGAUUAAACUCUCAUAUUCUGUCUGCAGAGUUCAGUGGGUUUCACGUGAUUAUGAAUCUGUAUGUUUCAGGAAGAACAUCACUCGGCCAUUUGAGGACUCAACAUCUCUGGUAGGACAUAGUUCUCUGCAGAGUUUAUGAUCUGCUGUUGGAGGAUCAGUGCUGUCUUUGGUCAGAAACUACAAACCAGUCUUAAAACAUUUAUUCACUGAAGCAAAGUGAGCUAAAACAGAUCUAACAUUAUAUCACCAGUCAGAUAAUGGAUACAGCUGAUGAUAAAAUGUAGCUGAGCCGAAUCAGGAGGAGGUCUGAGGCUCUUUUCACUGAACCCUCUUAAGCCUUCUCCUAUUUUCUGAAAGAUGCUCAAAACUCUGUUUGAUUCGCACUUACUGGAAAAAAAAAGUUUAAUAUGAAAUUCAUGUUUCAAACUGUCCCUGUAAAAGAGUGGUGCAUGCUCUGUUCAUAGCUGCUAGCUCAAACGCAGAACUACAGAGAAAUUAAAACAGUUUGACACAAAAUUCAGAUGAUUUUGACUUGAAACUGAGUAGACUGGGAGUUUAUUUGAAGUGAAAUACAUUAUUAAAAAAACUGUUAUGUUAUAUCACAGCAAGAGGAAGCAGGAGAACACUGUGGCAGCUUAACUACAGUGUGCUGAAAGGGACAAAAUAACACAUGGUGUUAAUUUCACACCUUAUUCUUAUUAACACAGAGUUUUUCAGUGGAAUCCAUCAGUGCCUGAGUUAACACUCUUUCAUACCUGUGGUCUCUGAUUGAGGUGUGCCAGAGACCAACGACAGUUUAUAGAAACUGUUCAUGCCCUUAUGUUAUUACCUUUAUCAUCCAGGUAUUUCAAUAUAAACAGAUACAAUAAACAGCUUUAUCUCCUUUGAGAUAAAGGAGAUUCAAAAUUAAAUUUGAAGAAAGUGUUUAAAAUUAUGGAAGAUUAGUGGCAUGAAGUGUCUCCAAUCCAAUUACAAAAGAAGCUGAGACCUGUGAGCACAGGCUAUAACCAGUUUAGUCUGGCAUUAACACAUUUAAUCUGUAACCUUAACAGGUUUAAUCUGUGGUGUUCAUAUUUCAUUUAACUCUAUUUCAGGAGUUUUUCUCGAAGAAGACAGACUGCUCUCUGUUUCUGUUCGGCUCCCACAACAAGAAAAGACCAAACAACUUGAUAUUUGGUAAAGUCUCUCUCUCGUAUAUUCUCUGCUUAGAUAGAAUGUAGAAACUGUUAUUUCAAAUGUCACUAAAUGUUCUCAAAAAUUCAACCAGCAGCCAGUAAUACAGCUACCUUUAAACUGAGAUGUGGUUUAAGUUUUAGCCUCAUUAGAAUCUCAUAAAUCCUGUUUACCUCCUUGAUCUGUUUAAGAGUUGUAAAUAAACUGAUUAAAGGUAGAGUUCAGUUUUGAUAACUGUAAACUGAAUGGUGUAAUGUCAUUGUUUCUUCACUCAUGCUCUCAGGUCGUGUCUUUGACUUCCAUGUGUUGGAUAUGGUUGAACUGGGGAUAGAGAAGUAUGUCUCUCUGAGUGAUAUGAAGGUAAGCUCUACAUUUUUGAUCCCGUUUUUACACUGUCUGUUUAGACAUUUGGUGUCCUCUUCACCAUCCCACAAUGAGGAAGUUUAAUUUAUCUAGAUACCGAAUAAUCCCGAUUAAAAAAUGAAAUCCUUUUUUUAUUGUUGAUGUAGAAAAGAUUUAAUGAAAACUUUAAGUCACUACUUAAAACUCACUUUUAUUUCUUGAUCUUCUGUGACUCCACCCUUUCAUUUUCUAAAUUUCUUUUCAUUCAUUAUUUCAAUUAGUAUUAAUCUAUUUAUUGGGUGCUAUUAACCUAUUACUUACUUACUCACUUGCACUGGCCCUUAUUUGUAUUUUAUAUUUUGCGCUGUGAGUCAAAGCUCUGUGUGAUAUUUUGUUUUUAAAGAUGCUUUAGAGAUCAAGUCAUUCUUCCUCUUCUAACAAUUAUAAAUGUUGAUGUUAUUAACUAAAGCCCUAACAUCCUAAAAUCCUUGAAACAGUUCCUGAUUUAGUUUAACAUCCCUCCGCUGUGAUUUAAAAUGAUGUUAUUAACAAAAGACCUAACAUCCUAAGAUCCUUUUUUUUCUGUCGCAGGCAAGUAAAUGUCCAGAGGGGACCAAACCGAUGCUGGUGUUUGCAGGAGAGGCAUUUAACACAGACACUGAACACAAACGACUUAAGAGUCUGCUCAUUGGUAAACACUCAUUUUACGAUUUAAUGUAAUUUUUGUUAAAGGUCAAAGGAAGGUUCCUUUGAAUGGUUUUAAACUUUUACACUUUUGAAAUGUAAAAUCUGGUAAUAUCUUCAAGUUUUAUUUUUAUUUGUUAAGGAUUUGAAAUCUUAGACUUCACUGAGUCUGAUUUUUUUUUUCUUAAAUGCACACUACCAUGUUAAUGUGUGACACCUUACUUUUGUUUUUUUGUGAACUUGUUCAUGUGAGUACUCAUAGCAUAUGAGUCUGAUGUCAGAUGGUUGGCAGGAGCAAGCAGGAAUCAUGUGGUGACACAUUUGCAGCAGAAGUGUUAAACCCAGGACAUGUGCCUCAGCUGUAAAUUCUAUUUUGUUCACCUUUGCUCAAGUAUUGAUGUUUUUUAUUGUUUGGGUCCUAAGGGGGUCUGAUACUUGAUUUAACUGAUUCUACAACAGCCAUAUGAGUUGUGAUUUCUGUUCUUUUACUAAUCUCCUUCUGUCUUUUGUCUGUCCGUUCCACCAUCCUGAUAGACUUCUUCAGAGGUCCCACUGUUCCUGCAGUCCGUCUGGCAGGUCUAGAGCAUGUCCUGCACUUCACAGCUGUGGAUGGGAAAAUCUUCAUGCGAAGCUACAAGUAAGCUACAGAAAUGAAAUGUGGUGAAAACAUCCAAGUCUUAGUUGGUAACCCUAACCCUAACCACUAGUCAGUCACUUAUCAGAAAAACCUGGCAGGUUUUUUUUGUUUUUUUUUUGUUCUUAUGUAAAAUCAGACUUGAUGAUACAGGAGAGCUAUAUUUCCUCUGUUUAAACCUGCAGGGCUAUAUUUCCUCUCGGUGAAUACAUUUUGACCCAUAUUUUAUGUGUGUGUGUGCCUGGAGAGCCAUUUUUCAUCUGGUUACCUGCAGGGCCAUACUCUCUCUUUGUUUACCUGCUUUCAAAUCAGACUUUGCAUUGUGUACCCUCACAGAUGUCUGUUGAAGAAGUCUGGCUGUCGGACUCCAAGGAUCGAGCUGGAGGAGAUGGGGCCGUCUCUAGAUUUUGUGUUGAGGAGAACACACUUGGCUUCAGAUGACCUGUAUAAGUUAGCUCACAGACAACCCAAAGCUCUGAAGGUAGGAGCCACACAGCUGUACUGUAUGCUGUUUGCAGACACUCACUGGGUUCAGGUGUACAGAUGAUGGGUAGUGGAGAUGUUAAGAUUCAAAUUUGAGCUGAGGGUGGCGCCAGAACUCAGCCCGUAUGUCUGCUCGAAAGGUUUUUAACCUCUGCAGUGACAGCUUAAAGUAAAUUAAACUCUCUUCUGUCUGUUUGCAUUUCCAAAAGAGCCCGAUUUAUAACAUGCAAGACAAAAAUCAUGAAAAAAAAUUAAACAUUUACUCACACCCCCCCCAAAAAAACACUGACAAAAAGCAAAAUCAUAAACAAAAAUUAAACUUUUAUCUUAACAAAAAAAAAACAGACAAAAAGCUAAAUCAUGAACAAAAUUUAAAACCUCUAUUAAAAAAAACAGACAAAAAGCUAAAUCAUAAAUAAAAAUUAAACACCUUUUAUUUAAAAAAAAACAAAAAGUUAAAUCGUGAACAAAAAUUAAACACCUUUAUAUAAGAAAAAUACACAAAAAGCAAAAUCAUAAACAAAAAAAUAAACCUUUAUCUAAAAAAAUACAAAAAGGAUAAUCGUAAGCAAAAAUUAAACCUUUAAAAAAAAAAAAGACAAAAACAAAACCUGCACUUCUACACAGCAGUGACAGUAUGUAGUUCUUAUUUGCCCUUGUUGUCUGUGAGAGGAGUAGAGCAAAAAAAUGGCAUUACAAGAAAAAAGUAUUGAUGUAAUAUGAUUUUUUUUCAUACUACAUCAAUCAUUUCCUUUAUAUAAGAAAAAAAGAACUGUUGACUUUUAGAGUCAAGUAAAAAGUCUUAGGUCUCUGAGGAGAAAGUCAGAAUGUUACAAGAAUUAAGUAGUAAAUUAAGGAGAUUAAACAGUGAGCUGCAGACUGUCUGGGUGAACAGACAGGGAUGGAGAACCAGCUGCUGCAAGACCAUGAGGCUUGGGAGACUGGGUGCUGCGAUCCUACUCAGAGGAACAUGGGAAGAAUGUCUGUGUUGGGAUAAGUGGGACCUGUUGAUGUGUCUUAAACACAUGGGAAAAUAGGGCCCACUUUAAAAAUGACUGAAGUUUCCCUUUAAUAAGUUUGAUGACCAACAUAAGAUUUUAAUUUUAGACUAUUGCAAACUCUGACUCUAAACUUUGGUUAAAUGUUUUAAAAUUUUUUUAUUCAAAACAGAAACGUUGAAUAUCAAACACAGGAGUUAAAAGUUAACCAGUUACACUUAAGGCAGUUACAUCACACAGACAUGCAGCCAAUCAGAGAGGGUUAUGGCCAGGACAUUAGGUGAGACUAAGUGAAGAGUAAAGAAAGACCUAAUCCUUAAACCUUUGUAUUUUUUCUCUAUAUAUUACCAAAGAUGUAGAAUAUCCUCCUCAUAUGAGGACAUUUUGUGUUUCUGUUGUGUUUAAUUUUAUCUCAUGGUAACUUCUGAUGUUUUCCCUCACCUUAAACUAUCAGGAUAAUAAUCCCUCCUUCUUCCACAGGCAAAGAAAAAGAAGAAUAUUUCCCACAAUGCCUUUGGUACAAAGUUUGGGCGGGUGCACAUGCAGAAACAGGAUUUGUCCAAGUUGCGAACACGUAAGAUGAAGGGUCUGAGGAAGAGGAAGAGCCAAGUAAUCGCUGAGGAGCAGGGGGGACAAGCAGCUAAAGUGACCAAAGUGGACAACUGAGUGAACCUUCAUCUCCUGAUUACUUAGCCAAGUCUUCAUCAUCGGAGCGGGUGAUUAAGUUAUAUCUAUAGGAUUUAUUCCUGUCCAUGUGGAUCUGGACAGGGGUAAUGCUUUUUGAGACUGAAAUCACAUGAGUGUGUUAUCCGCCACCAGGUGGAGAAGAUUUGUUUUUGCCCCUUUUUGUUUCUCUUGUUACUUUUAGCUGAUUUUCUAGUCCUCAGAUACAUGAAAAUCAGCUAAAAGUAAUAAGAGAGAGGGUUAGGGUUAGCACAGUCCAACAAGUGUACUCUACCUUUACAGUGAUUUAUUCUGUCUAAUUCAGUGGAAAUGUAAAUGUUUAAAAAAAUCUUUUUACUUCUCCUAAGUUUAAUGUUUAUUAAAUCAUGAGAUCACUGUCAGUGUCCUUGAUUUUUUUGU